AUGCCACAUCCUCCAACCUAUACACCUAAAGAUGGACUUGGAGAUGAAAAGAGAUGGAAUUUAAAGAACACACUCAGAUACUUACUGGGAAUUGUUGAGCCCCCUGAGCCCGGCGUGGUGCUCAACAAUUUGGUGACUCUUAUUCGACACCCGUCCGACUUAAUGAACGUUCCUCUUCAUCAGCAACAAAACAAAUGCACAGCGUUAGUGAAAAAUAAGAUAGCGGGGGCGGCCGCCACGCUGCAGCUCACCUACCCCUUGUUCACCGCCAAUGCCUGCUCCUCGGGGUCAGGCGCCGCCCUGGCGCCGACUCAGAGUUCUAGCAACUCCUGUUCUGUCCUCGAGGCUGCCAAGCAUCAGGACAUCGGGCUGCCCAGAGCGUUUUCGUUCUGUUCACAAGAAAUUGAAUCCACUAAGCAGACCUUAGGUAGUAGAAACAAAGCUUUGCCUGAGCAGGUUUGGAUGAAAGUGGGAGAAGAAGCGCAGUGCAAACAAGCAAUAAACAAGAGGAAUCGGAGUCGGAUACGGCAGCUGGACACAAGCGUGGAGCGAAGAGUCCUGGGAGAGAUUCAGAACGUGGGGGACGGUGCGCCUGCGGCCCAGGGCCCCUGGCAGUCAGCGGAGCCGUCACAGCCCCACCCCGGGGAGCAGGCCCAGAGCGUCCCGGGCGGGAGGUCGCAGCGCAGGGAGAGGCACAACCGCAUGGAGAGGGACAGAAGGCGCAGAAUCCACAUCUGCUGUGACGAGUUGAACCUCCUGGUCCCGUUCUGCAACGCCGAGGCGGACAAGGCCACGACCCUGCAGGGGACCACCGCCUUCCUGAAGUACAUCCAGGAGCGGCACGGAGAUUCUCUGAAGAAGGAAUUUGAGAGUGUGUUUUGCGGGAAAACUAGCAGGAGGCUAAAGUAGACCAGACCAG